UUUUCAGCUUUGUGUAUGGGCUUAGCAGCAAUCUUACAAGUCUUCUCUUCCAUCAGCUCAUUUGUGCAUGUGUCAAGAGUGCGGUGUGAACAGCUGUACAGACUGAAGGCAGUUAUUGUCCAUGUUGGAGAUGUCUUCUGUGGACAUUUUGUGACAUACCGUCGAGGAGCGAUAGGUUCACGCACAAGGAACAGAUGGUUCUACACAUCAGAUCUCUUAGUGAGGGAAGCAAGUUUGGAAGAAGUGAAGAAGGCUCACAUCUACAUGAUACUCUUUGAGAAAGUAACACAGUAACUAUUGAUGCACCCAGAAGAGCAUUAUGGUAGAUAUAGAAGUUGGAAGAGAAAAAAAGAGAAGACAUUUUACCAACUUUGCUUUGUCUGAAGAAAAUUGAAUGAUGUGAUAUGUUACAGGCUGUUAAAGGUCAAACUCUUCAAAGUUCUUCCAGUUUUUUGCUUGGGAUGUUUUUAACAAAUGUGUAUUUUAGCUUUAUUUAUAUAAAACUAGAUCGAUAAGAUUGGCAAUUAUCAAGAAGUAUAUUUAAUUUUAUACUUGCAUAGCAAAACAUCUUUUAUAUUAUUGUAAUGAAGAUAUAAAAUAUUUUAGUAAUGAUAAUGCAUAUUAAACAAGAAAUUGCUGGUAGAUUUAAGAAAGAUAUAUGAAAUCACUGCAUUGGCAGAAAUGUGUAUAAAUAAAUAUAUCUGAUAUGCCAUACUUUUUCCCUUUUGGCCUCCAGAGCUUUUUAUGAUAAGCUCAUAUGGGAGUUCAGCAAUAUCAGAGAAUCACAAGAGAAACUAGAUUUGAUAUCAACACUUUGAAUGUAUUAUAAAGUAUUAAUCAAAAUAGCCAUCAAUAACAAUUGCAGCAAGGACCACAGUAUGUUCAUAUUAAUAUUUAGAGAUCUGUAUUGAUCUGCUGAUAUAAAGGACUAUACAGAU